AAACGCGCCGCUGCCUUUUAAAGCGCGAGACGGCAUGAGCGCUGUCACUCUGACACUGAGCGAGGCAAAGCUCGGGAGCUUCCGUCGUCUCGUUCAUUUACCCCCCAUUUCGUUUUCCUUUUCCACCUCGUCGAUAAACCAUCGCCCUUUCAUUUCUUCUUUCUCCAUUGUACCGUAACUUUCAAAGCCCCUUAUCGCCAUGUACCGGUAUUUUGGGGAGUUGCUGACUCGCGGAGCGGGGAACGCUCUGGCCUCGGGAUGCGUCGAGUCCGCUCUGCCGGCUUCCUCAUCUCUGCUGAGGGUGCGUCACUACAGCGAUGCCGCUGACAAGGAAGAUGACCCGAACUUCUUCAGGAUGGUGGAGGGCUUCUUCGAUCGUGGCGCUGCUAUUGUCGAAAACAAGCUGGUGGAGGACCUGAAGACCCGGGAAACGCCGGAGCAGAAGAGACACCGUGUGCGGGGGAUCCUCAAGAUCAUCAAGCCCUGCAACCACGUCCUGAGCGUGUCCUUCCCCAUCAAGAGAGACAAUGGAGAAUGGGAGGUUAUCGAGGGUUACCGGGCACAACACAGUCAGCACAGAACUCCCUGCAAAGGAGGUAAGAGAUAUUAUUGUUUUUAUGUCGUGCAUUGUGCUGUUCAGGAUAAUGAAUUGGAGAAAAUCACAAGAAGAUUCACCAUUGAGCUGGCCAAAAAGGGAUUCAUUGGACCUGGCAUUGAUGUACCCGCCCCUGAUAUGAGCACCGGUGAGAGGGAAAUGUCCUGGAUCGCUGACACCUAUGCUAACACUAUUGCCCACACCGAUAUCAAUGCCCAUGCCUGUGUGACAGGUAAACCCAUUAGCCAGGGUGGUAUCCAUGGCAGAAUCUCAGCCACUGGUCGUGGAGUCUUCCAUGGCAUUGAGAAUUUCAUCAAUGAAGCCUCCUACAUGAGCAAACUAGGCCUGACCCCUGGAUUUGCUGACAAAACCUUUAUUAUUCAGGGUUUCGGUAAUGUGGGUCUGCAUUCCAUGCGUUACCUCCACCGUUAUGGUGCCAAGUGUGUGGGAAUUGCUGAAAUCGAUGGAAGCAUCUGGAACCCCAACGGCAUGGACCCCAAAGAGCUGGAGGACUACAAAUUGCAACAUGGUACUAUUGUGGGCUUCCCCAACUCUCAGCCAUAUGAGGGAAACAUUCUGGAAGCUGAGUGUGAUAUCCUCAUCCCUGCAGCUGGAGAGAAACAGCUGACCAGGAAGAACGCUCACAAUAUCAAAGCUAAGAUUAUUGCUGAAGGUGCUAAUGGUCCCACUACACCAGAUGCUGACAAGAUCUUCAUAGAGAGGAACAUUAUGGUCAUUCCAGACAUGUACCUGAACGCUGGAGGUGUCACAGUCUCCUACUUUGAGUGGCUGAAGAACCUAAACCACGUCAGCUACGGUCGUCUGACCUUCAAGUAUGAGAGGGACUCCAACUACCACCUGCUGAUGUCUGUGCAAGAGAGUCUUGAAAGGAAGUUUGGAAAGCAGGGUGGCCCCAUCCCCGUUGUCCCCACUGCUGACUUCCAGGCCCGUGUAGCUGGUGCCUCUGAGAAGGACAUUGUGCACUCUGGUCUUGCCUACACCAUGGAGAGGUCAGCCAGGCAAAUUAUGCGCACGGCAAACAAGUACAACCUUGGCUUGGAUUUGAGGACGGCAGCUUACGUCAACGCCAUUGAGAAGGUCUUCAAGGUGUACAAUGAGGCUGGCCUGACCUUUACAUAAAUGACCCAAAA